GAUCACUUGGAUAAUCAAUCAAUGAAGGGAAGAUGUGUGAUUCGGGGAUGUAGUAGUCAACUAGAAUUGAAGAAGAAGAAGAAUGAGACGGAGGUGUGUGGGUUAUGGUCGGUGCCAGAUGAUGUGUUUGUGUACUGCCUGGCUCCUAAGUUGUCGAGAUUGGACCUCGUGGCCUUAUCGAUGGUCUCCAGGAGUUACCGGUUUGUCGCAGUGCUCCAUGAAAUCAGGGCCUUGAGGUCUCUGAGGACCGUCGAUUUAUAUAUGUACGUAUAUAUGCACAUGCAUCCAGAUCCAAGCCCACGGUGGUUCGUCCUCCACCCCGUGCAACAUCGGCUGAAACCGGUCAACUUGAACUUGUAUCCAACCCCGGCCCUGGUAGCAGGAUCCUGUUUCGUGGAGACGGGUUGGGGAAUCUAUAUCAUCGGUGGACUCGUGAACGGCAAACCCACAACGGAAGUCACGUUUUUCGAUUGUACUGAUCACGAAGUGUGCCGCGUUACGCCCAUGAAGAUAGCUCGAAGCGGAGCAGCGGCAUGCUUGAUAGACAGGCAGAAGAUAUACGUGUUUGGAGGGUGCUGGGAUGAUGUCGCUGCUGAUUCCUCAAACUGGGUAGAGGUAUAUGAUAUCGAAACCGGAACUUGGGAGUUCUUGUCUGUGUUUACGCCGAAGAUGCCUCUCAAAAUCCGACAAAGUGUGGUGAUAUUCCAGGAGCGUGUUUACGCGGUGGAUGAGGAUGGUCAACUCUUUAUUUCUCCAACAAGUGAAUGGAAGUUUAAGGCAGAAGGAAGAACAGAGUCUAACCCAGGAAAUAGAAACGACUGGCUUUUCGCUGAUCAUACACUUUUCUGCCGUGGUAUCGGCGGGAAAAUACUGUGGUGUUUUCCACCUGAGUUGGAUUGGAAGGAAGUGAAGGGCUUGGAAGACCUGCAGCAGCAACACUGUGGUUUUGAUAUCAUCAAACUCUGCCUCUACUCGAAUGAUAGAAUGGCCAUCUUCUGGGAAGCCCGCGGGUCUCAAGGUCCUGAUCAGAUUUUGGAGCUUUGGUGUGCCCAGAUUUCCAUGGAGAGACGCCCGGAAGGCGGGGUAUUGGAGAUUUGGGGGAACAUUGAGUGGUCUGGUGCUGUCCUCUCAGAAUCAUCAUAUACUGGCCUUAACUUGUUAUUUGUUGGUUCUUUCUAUGCCUGAAUAUUCUCAAUCCUUGUGCUUAAAAAUUUGAUCAGAAUCAUCAUCAUCAUCAUCAUCAUCAUGGUUGCUUUUGUUACAAGCAUAUCUCUAUCCUCUUUUCAUGGGUUUCUUGUUUCAGUUGCUUCUUUCUGUACCAAAAAAAAUUAGUGACUUUAU